AUGCCGGCUUUAACGCAGCGCCUGGAUCGCGAUAUCUACCAGAUCGUAAUCAAGCUUGAAAACGAUCAGGCCGAAAAGACGGCCAGGACUGGCGAGCCGCCAAAGUUCACCGUGUCUGCCGUCUAUGAUACCAUCAAGCGAUCCAACUCCAGCCUGGCUCGGGAGAAGAAAAAGCCGCUGGAGGACUCCAUCUAUCGCGUCCUUCAUUUUAGAAAGGAAGAGCGCAAAAAGGAUGAGGCAGACGAUGAAGAUGAGGCCAUGGACGACGUCUCGGGGAGUGCGACGCCCCAGGCCAAGGAACGAGACUACUUUCUUAUGAACAAGCAGCUCACCAAAUCCUGGAAUGUGGCAAGGAGGCAGCGUUCGCCGAGUACGUCAGAUCAACAGCCUACCACCGGGAGCACUGCAACCCCAGCCAACGGAAUGGCCGUGGAUUCUGCUGUCGUGACUGUGGACAGGCAACCCAAUGGAGAGCCCAAGCCCAAGAAGGCCAGGACACGGCAGUCAAAAGAGAAGGAGCCCGUGGAUCGGACUCCAGCGACUGGAGUAUCUCUGGCAGAUAUUGGCGGCAUGGACGAUGCUAUAGAGCUCCUUUAUGAGGAAGUUGCUCGUCCGAUGCGACACCCCAGCGCAUACUUGGAGGCAGAUCUCAAUCCGUCGCGCGGUAUUCUCCUCUAUGGCCCCCCUGGUUGUGGAAAAACGAUGCUCGCCAACGCUUUUGCUGCAGCUAUCGGUGUAUCGUAUAUUCCCGUGUCCGCCCCUGCUCUCAUCGCCGGCAUGUCUGGAGAGUCUGAAAAGAAGAUUCGAGAGCUCUACGAUGAAGCCAAGACACUUGCGCCUUGCCUGGUUUUUAUUGACGAGUUUGAUGCCAUCAUGGGCAAGCGAGAAAAUGCACAGAGGGAGAUGGAAAAGCGUAUAGUGGCACAGAUGCUUACAUGCAUGGACGAAUUGAGCCUGGACAAGACAGACGGCAAGCCGGUCAUCACCAUUGCUGCGACAAACAGACCCGACAGCAUUGACCCGGCUCUGCGCAGAGCUGGUCGUUUUAAUCAGGAAAUCAACAUUGGCGUACCAAACGAGGAUGCUCGAUUGGCCAUUUUGCAGGCGCUCACCCGAAAAUCAAAGCUCUCACCGGAUGUGGAUCUCAAGGUCGUGGCCAAAAUGACUCCGGGUUUCGUCGGUGCUGAUUUGGGAGACCUCGUCUCCCUUGCCAAGGCUGACAUGUUAAAGCGCGCCAUGCUGCAGCACGAGGAGCGAGCUAUUCAGGAGUUGGAGUCACAAGGCGGAGAGAGCUACGAAGGCGUACCACCUCGACGCGCAAAUAUUCUCCGGAAACUAGAAGCCGACAAGUUUGUCGGAACUCAGACUAUUAGCCAAGAGAGCACAGGACUUUUGCAAGACUAUCUUGUAAAAGCAGUGUCAAAGGUCCAGCCAUCAGCAAAGCGAGAGGGAUUCACGACGAUACCAGACACGACUUGGGCUCAGGUUGGUGCUUUGCAAAACGUCCGGAAAGAGUUAUCACUGGCCAUCAUUCGGCCCAUCGAUACACCCGACCUCUUUUCCAAGUUUGGUUGGCAAUCACCCUCGGGAGUGAUACUCUGGGGCCCGCCUGGAUGCGGUAAGACUCUGCUCGCCAAAGCAGUGGCCAACGAGGCCAAAGCCAAUUUCAUCUCGGUCAAGGGACCCGAGUUGCUCAACAAAUACGUCGGUGAAUCCGAACGAUCGGUGCGUCAGGUCUUUACUCGAGCUCGAUCAUCAGCACCUUGCAUCCUCUUCUUUGAUGAGUUGGACGCCCUGGUGCCGCGUCGUGGAGACAACAUUGCCGAGUCCAGUGCCCGAGUGGUAAACAUGCUCCUCACCGAGCUCGAUGGCAUGGAUGGCCGGGCCGGCGUGUACGUGAUUGGCGCCACCAACCGACCAGACAUGAUUGACCCGGCCAUCCUACGACCUGGCCGACUGGGCACGAGCAUCUUUGUAGACCUGCCCGACGAGGAGGGACGGGCUGAUAUCCUCAAGACCCGGGUACGGAAUGUGAUUCCUUCCUAUACCGAGGAACAGCUCCAGGCGCUCGAACCGAUUGCCCGAAAGUGUACCGGAUUCAGUGGUGCCGAUCUGGAGAACCUGCAUAUCGCUGCUGCCAAGGCUGGUGUGGAAAGAUUCGACCAAGACGGUGUCGACGAGCUCACCGAGGUGGAUUGGCUAAAUGCCCUGGAGACGAUCAAACCGUCCGUGUCGGCGCAUGCAUAUAGCAAAUUCGUCAAGCUUAGAGAUAACGGAUGGAGCUAG